GGUAAUUAUGAUUCAGGAAAUUAUAUACAAUAAAUACAUGUAUAUUGUAUGAUUUCCCUUGUGUCACAGAUGUGACAUGCUUUUUAAUGCUAAUGAAUGUAUAGAUGGCUUUAAAAUGUCUGGUGGAAAACAGCUCAAAUUGAAAGUUAUGAGGCUGACUAAGCCUGGCCUGAUGGCCUUUCAUCCUUUGAUCAGUGACAACAGGGACUUGCCUGGUCAGCUGUUCUCUAAACUGAACGAUACAGAUAUAGCCAAACCAAUUGGUCUUCCGUACUUUGGUCUUGAUGACCUUCUAACCUUGCCGCAAAACUUUGGGAACAUUUUCCUUGGAGAGACAUUUUCUAGUUAUAUUAGUGUGCACAACGACAGUAUGCAUACAUGUAAAGAAAUAGUACUAAAAGUUGACCUACAGACCAGUUCACAAAGAUUGAUGUUAUCAGGUGCCAAUUCAGACCCUGUUGGUGAAUUAGGUCCAGACCACAGUAUAGAUGAUGUCAUACAUCAUGAAGUCAAAGAGCUUGGAACUCAUAUAUUGGUGUGUGCUGUAAGUUACACAACAAAUACUGGUGACAAAAUGGCUUUCAGAAAAUUCUUCAAAUUCCAGGUGCUGAAACCAUUAGACGUAAAAACAAAGUUUUAUAAUGCUGAGGUAGCAGAUGAUUAUAAAACCAUAUCAAUAAAGUCUGAUGAGGUGUUUUUAGAAGCUCAGAUUCAGAAUAUAACACCUAACCCUGUCUACAUGGAACGUGUUACCUUAGAUCCUUCUGCACAGUAUAAUGCUGAGGAACUCAACACAUUGGAUGGAAAAGAAGUACCAGAUAUGGUGUUCGGUAAAGUAAAUUAUUUGAAUGCCAUGGACACCAGACAGUAUUUAUAUUGUCUGACACCUAAACCAGAAGUAAUCAAAGAACUGAAAGUACUGAAAGGUGUGACAAAUAUUGGUAAAUUAGAUAUUGUAUGGAAAACUAAUAUGGGAGAGCGAGGAAGAUUACAGACUAGUCAGUUACAGAGAGUGGCUCCAGGCUAUGGUGAUAUAAGAGUUACUGUGGAAAAGGUUCCCGAUACAGUUUUGUUAGAAAAUACAUUUGAAGUUGUAUGUCGAAUAACAAACUGCUGUGAGAGAACCAUGGAUUUGACAUUAGUACUACAGAACAACCAGAGUACUGGUGUGGUGUGGGUUGGUAUAUCUGGUAGACAGCUGGGAAAGCUACCUCCUAAUGAAAAUAUGGAUCUAAAAUUAAAUGUCAUAGCAACCAUUCCAGGUCUACAGACAAUAUCAGGAUUGAGGUUAACAGAUAAUUUCCUGAAAAGAACUUAUGAACAUGAUGAACUAGCUCAAGUUUUCAUAUAUAAUGAUUCGAAUGUAUGAUAGAAUUGGAUAUGUGAUAUUUAGAAAGAACAAUUAUAUUAAAAAAUUCCCUUGGACUGAGCUGUCCAAUAUCCAUGUGAUUUUUAGGAACUUUAUGUUGUGAAGAUGUCUGUGAUAGUUGUUGUAGUUAAUGGCAACUUAUUGAUCGAUAUUUAAAGUUCUUUUUAGUCAUUUGCUGUAGAGCUUCAGAAACAAGUUGUGAAUUAACAGGAAUUCCUGUUUAGUUAUCUUUAUUGCCUGGUUGCAUAACACAAUGUAAUGUAAUACUUAAGCCAAAAUGAGAGCCAUUCAUAUGGCAUCCUUACUAUACGGUCAUUUCCUAUACCAAAACUGAUUUCGUAUGAACACUUUUAUAUACUACAUAUGUAUAAAAGAAUUUAGAUUCUACAAAACAUGUUGUUCAGAAAUUACGUGUCUUAUAUUAUAUUGUAUUGAAGUAAUUUCAGAGAUCAGCAAAUUCAAGUUUGUAAACUGUGAUAUAAUAAGAUAUUGGUAUUUAUUGUUAUGUAAACCUUGAAAUACCCCAUUGUUCUUAGUAGUAUCAUUAUCAUCAGUACACAUUGUUGUAAUAUUCAACACUGGGGGUCUUUUCACAAAACAUCUAGUCAUGAUACAAAUUGAUUGUGAGUUAUACUGAAAAGUUCAGGGCUUGUAAGAUUUUUUGCGAAAUGAGUCACAGUAUGUUAAGCAACCAACAGUCCAUCAUGUAUUAAACAAUUCAAUAUUAUUAUAUAAUAUUAUACCAUUCAGAUACUUCAUAAUUUUUUAUGCACCACCUACAAUAGUAGAGGGACAUUAUGUUUUCUGGUCUGUGAGUCCGUUGGUUUCAUUCAUUCAUCCGUCUGUCCCGCUUCAGGUUAAAGUUUUUGGUCAAGGUAGUUUUUGAUGAAGCUUAAGUCCAAUCAACUUGAAACUUGGUACAUAUGUUCCUUAUGAUAUGAUCCUUCUAAUUUAAAAGCCAAAUUAGACUUUAGACCCCAAUUUCACGGUCCAUUGAACAUAGAAUAUGAAAGUGUGAGUUUCAGGUUAAAGUUUUUGGUCAAGGUAGUUUUUGAUGAAGCUGAAGUCCAAUCAACUUGAAACUUAGUACACAUGUUCCCUAUGAUAUGAUCUUUUUAAUUUUAAAGCCAAAUUAGAUUUUUUACCCAAUUUCACGGUCCAUUAAACAUGGAAAAUGAUAGUGCAGAGUGGGGCAUCCGUGUACUUUGGACACAUUCUUGUUAGAAGCAGCAGAGAAUGCAUGUUUUUUUAAAUAUUAUUCUGUAGAUAAAUUAAAUGAUAAUAAGGAAAAUGAAAAGGUUUUUUUUCAAUGACCUUUGAAUUUAAAUGUGUUAUGGUAUUGCCUAAUUUACUUAAGUUAGAUUUUGUUUCUAAAAGAAGCAGACUUAGUGCAAUAAACUUUUGUAUAAUUGUAUGAAUUAUUUAUGAAAAUGUAAAUAAAAAGAUUGAAUUUUA